CGGAGGUGUUUAGGCUCUGCAGUUUUAUCUUAAUGGGCAAAUUCAACCAUGAAGUAUCACUGUAUAUUGAAAACAUCGUUUUUACGUUAUAUAAACCUUUGAAACAAUCAUUAAAUCGUCCCGGAUAUACAAAAUGGAUUCAGUUGACAAAAACUGGUCAUGGAUGGUUCUGUUUGGGGCGUUUCUUGCCAACCUUCUAGCUGGAGGUAUUGUGUUCAGCUUUGGUAUACUGUACACAGAUUUUAUAGAUCGAUUGGAAACUGAGGCUCUGGAAACUGCUGUCAUUGGUGCCAUAGCGUUUGCUUGUUUCUGUUUUGUGGCACCGUUUUCGAGGGCAAUGGCACUGAAGCUAGGAUACAGAUUCGUGACAGUAAUUGGUGCUGUCAUCGCAUUCAUUGGGCUGCUUUUAGGAUGUUUUGCACCUUCUAUUCAUUAUUACUACGUCUUUUUUGGAGUGCUAGUAGGCUGUGGUUACGGAAUGAUUUCAAUCGCUACAUUCGUAGCGGUUGAGGACUAUUUUCAGCAGGGCGGAACGAUCGCAUUGACUUUGGCGUCAUGUGGUUUUCCAGUCGGUGUAUUCAUACUUCCAUUAGUAACAAGAGCUCUUUUAGAUACAUACUCCUUCUUCGGAACCUUUUUGAUUCUAUCAGCUUUAAUGCUGAACUGUAUUGUGUGUGGAUUACUAUUUAAACCACUUGUGAAAAAUGUUAUUCUCGAUAGAGAUAAGAACACGUACAAACAAAUGGUAAAUCCUGUUGAAGACAAAAAUAUGGACUUAGAAGCAGCAGGCCAAAGUUCUCCGAGUGAAGAGGAACCUGAAGAUGAAGAAAUACCCAAAGACGAGAAAAAGAAAAUAAAUGGACACAGAGCUCCAAGAUAUAAAACUACAGAAGAAACUAUAAUCAUACCCAUAACUUCACCAAUCAGAUUUGAUAACGCUAUGUCCGCCGAACUGGAGGAAGACUCAUCUACUGAAGAUGAAGAAGAACCGCCAAAAGAGAAAGCAAAAGAAAAUAAACCUGUUCCUGAAGAACCUGUUGAAGUUACUGCUGAAAUUGAGGACACAACGCAGCCGGAUGAACCAGUAGCAGAAAGUAAAGAAGAUACGACAAAGCCUUUGCUAAAUGUUAUUGUAGGUGUUGACGAUGGCAAAAUGUUGUGUGACGCAAAAAUUAUUCUUUAUUUGAUUGGGUCAGUUUUGUUUUCAGUUGGAUUUGGAAUUCCAAUCUGUUUCUACCCUGACGUGUCCAGAGAGUAUGGAUAUUCCAACUCCAAAGCAGAGUGGACAUUAUCAUUACUCGGUCUUGGAUCUUGUGUCGGUAUAAUCUUUGCUGGGUUUAUCAGGCGGAUUCUUGCAGACAAACUCGAACGUAGAUCUACAGUGCUUGUUUUCAUUUCAAUGUUGUUAUCUGGCUUGGUCAUAGGCUUUGUACAUUAUUUCACAACUUAUGGAGUUUUGGUCCUUAGCGCAUUUCUCUUUGGUAUAUUUUGCGCCGUUUUCUAUUUCUUGAGAAGACAUGUUAUCAAUGAAAUAGUAUCCGAAGAUUACAACCUAGCCGCAUAUUACCUCAGUUACUGGAUAUGCGGUUUUGGAUACGUGAUUGGUAUUCCAGUAGCAGCAUGGCUAAAGGAAAGACACGAUACGUAUACAUGGUCAUUCGUAAUGGCUGCUGUUUGUUUUAGUGUUAGCGGACUGUUUUUGUUCCCGUUAAUCUUCAUAAAAAGAAGACAUUGAAGUUAAUCGUUUGGAGACGGCGAGCCACAAAAUGGAGACAACGCAUUUCAAUACUGGCAGAGAUUAAGACGAUUGAUAUGUCAUAAUAGCUUUUAGUGUAUAAAUGCUUCUAUAUUUGCGAAUUCUAGGAUAUGCAUACAUUAUAUCUGUUAAACACUAUCUAAUGUAAUUUAGGCUUUUUAUUUCAUAAAUCAUUGUGGCGGUUUCAUUUUGACGAACCGCCAUGGCGACUUUCAAAUAUAAAGUGCGGCGCCGUUUCAGCAAAUUUUUUAAAAAGAUGAACUUUCUAAAAAAUAUAGUAUUUAGAUAUAAACACUGAGUCAGUUGGUUCUUUACUUAUUUUAUAUGAAAGGGAAUACCGCCAAAAAUUAACCACCGGGAAUUAUCUUCAUUUUAUUAGGUAUACCAGAACAUUCUGUAAAAUACUUAAUAUAUAAUAUACAAACAUUAAAAUAUCUAUUCCUUAACUUGAUCUUAAACUUGGGAGGACUUGCCUUCUUGAAAACACAUUGUUAACUUGAUAUAAACUUCUUCUGUAUAUAGAAGAUAAAUAGGUGGCAUUUAGAAUGGCCUAAAGCCUUCCAGAAGCCAGUAUACACUUUAACAAUUUAACAAUUUUAAAACGAUUUUCUUAUCAUUUCUGACUAAAACAUGUGACCAAGAGUCGCAGUUCGAUAUAUGAACAUCAAAACUUUAUGUAUAAACUUGUUGUAUAUUAUUGAAUUCGUAUAACACACUACUGAUUAAUAACAUGUAAAUGUAG